UGAUGGCCCAUUUUCCCCCUUGGCCCAUGAAGAGCAAGCACCACCCGUUUCGCUGUUGCCCAAGACGAGGGGGAGAGGAAGACGACAGAGUGGCCGCCGCCGCCGACGACGACGUCGCCGUCGCUGGUGGUGCGCAGCCCAAGGCAGACGGUCAGCCUCCUCCGCAAUCGCCGCCCCCACCGCGACUGGGAUCCCUCCUCGAGGUCUCCUUCCUUCGCCGCCGCGACCACGGCCCCAAGCCGUCGGAGGUGUACGGCUUCGUCGGAUCCAUCACCACCGUCAUUUCCACCGCCGUCUACCUCGCCUGGGACUACACGCCCGAGCCAUGGCUCCGCUCCCUUGGCAUCACCUACUACCCUAGCAAGUAUUGGGCAUUGGCGGUGCCAUCGUUUGUGAUUGUGGUGGUGGCGCUGUCCAUGGUCAUCUAUAUGGGCUUCAACUUCCUCGCCACUCCUCCCCCCACCUCCUUCAAUACCAUUUUCGAUGAAAAUAGUCGGGAGCGUGUGACGUUUUCUCCUGCAAUGGAAGCGGACAGUCCCAUUGAACCCAUUUCAGACAUAAAGCACAAGAUGGGGGACACUAGCAAUAUGAAGAAAGAAUCCACAUCAAGUAAACUUCUUCACAUGGAGAGGCUUCUACAUCCUUUGCAAAGACAGGUCAUUCAUGCGUGAUGGGGUCACGGUUUCAUCAGUAAGCGACCUGACCUCUGCUUAACUGCCAGGCAGGAAGUGCCGACCGUUCAAUGUAGCUUCAGUAUACUUUGUGUUCAAUCCAGAGGCCCUGCUUCCGAAGCAGCUGUUACAGCAACAAGCAAGAGAGCUAAGAUUACACAUCCAAGUUCUGCCUGAAGACGAAAGACGGAUUGCAGAAGCCUGAAGAUCCGAGCAGCCUGAGGACGGGGUGGCCUCCGUUUCACGCUGUUGCUAGGAUGCAGGCCUGCCUGGCUAGAGAUGGUGAGAACGCCAUGUCAGAAAUCAAGGCUACCUGCUUCUUGUGAAGAAAGAUGUUCUACAGACGCCUCUCACUAUUAGAUUAGAUCUCUUCGCCUUCAAAUCCUCUCUCACUGUAUAUCUCAUAUUAUGCUGAACUACUCCAAUCGGCUCGUCUCUGUUCCCAACAUGUAUACUCGAUCUGUGCGUGCUACUUCCAUUCAUGGCUGAUCAUUCUACUCUUAAUCUAGAGCACACUGCAGCCCCAUGUGGUAUUUCACACGGAAUUCUUUCGCAAGGCCUCAAUUCUCAAGUAGUUCAGACAGAUAAACUUGCAAAGUU